AUGACUCCUGAAACAGAAGAGGAUGCGCGGAAGUCGAUGAGAGUCCGAAAGAAGCGAAGCUUUGGCGACGAUUUUGUGGAUCCAACGUCACCGGAUUACGCACCGAAAUCGGCAAUACCUAAACGGAAGAGAGAAUCAACCCCGAGACAAGAACCCGAAGCGGCCUGUUCCAGAUCUAGCUCUUCAUCUGCUGAAAACAACAUACACAAAAUAUUAGCAAAUUAUGACAAAGAGAUGAAUAUAUCUGUUGAAAGUGAUGGAAAUCGAAGAAGCGGGCGAGUCGUUCGGCCAUCCGCUAAAAUGGCAAUGGUUGAGCAAGAUGGACAGCUGGCAGUGAUGAAAGCUAGCGAUCAGAAUGAGGCAAGUAACAAACAUUCCAAGAAACCGGAGCUGACAAUGAGUGGUCUCAAGGAGAUUUUGAAUCGAUUUCCUGUAACUGAUGCUCCACCCGAACCGGUACCUCUUCGCGUCUCGUAUAGCUCCAAAGGCCUUGCCCAAAGUCUGACCCCCGAAGAAGACAAAAAAUUGGAAGAGGAAGCCCAAGCCCUUUGUGCCAAAAUCCGAGAUGCCAACGCCAUGAAAAUUCUGGCAAAUCGUGCAUCCGGAAAGCAGAUGACCGGGGAACGAAGGGCUGCUCAUGAUGCCGAACUGAUGCUCUAUGCAACAAAAGUCAAGAAUUCUAAAUUUUGCGGAGCUCCGUUGUCGAGCUCGACGUCUUCUGCUUCGACACCUCCUCCUCCUGAGCCUAGGAAGAAUCCAGCGAGAGCGACGAGACAAUCGAUAAAAUUUUAUGAGGGAUUUGAUGAAGUUCGACCGUUCGAGAAGAGAGCAGAAGCCGGGCAGGAUUCUCCGAUAGAACCGAAGUCUGAAGCUCCAGCUGUUCAAGAGUCUUCAAUUUCAAAUCAGAGGCUCCCCGAAAAUGCCCAAAUUCGAGCUCCGGUUGUUCAGAAUCCGCCGGUUAGAAGACCAGUGCAAAACCAUGAAAUUCUCCAUAAAUUCCAACGCACCUGCGACCGAGCAGCGUCAGAAGAAUCAGACUAUCUGGGUCCUCCAUCGCUAUCGCCUGCUGUCCCGAUUCAACGAAACAGCCAAACAAUUGCUCAUGCACCACUUCUUCCAAAGAAGCCAUUGGUGAAAAUGGUCCCGGCCGUUCUUCGCCCUCCAGCACCUCCGAUAACCACCAGACCCCAAUGGCCACCGGGAUCCACGACAGAAACGACUACUAUAAUCCGUGGACCUGAUGGAAGGAUUCUUUCGAAGCGAACAGUUAUCGCGAAAAUUAAUGACAGACGAGCAGGUCCCGAUAUGAAUGUGCCUGUACGAAGAGUUGGGAUAGCUCCGCCCCCGGGAAUGCAGUUCCGUGGACACUCUUCGAGACUGACGAAUUGGGAUUUUGCUCAAAUGGAACAACUGGCUUCGGAAGUUGGGAAGAAAAAGGAACGGCAAGGAGAAGAAGACGUUCCUCCUGAAAAGCGGGAUAAUCAAACUUUGGCUGAUGUGCCGCCUCAUCGUUGGAAGUUUCCAGUAGCGCAAGUCCCGGGACCACAACUUCAUGAAGCUCCUGCUCUUUCGAAGCGGCUUCUAUCUCCAUCUGGAACAAAACGAGAGAUUGCUCGCCGCCGUCGCAAGAGCAUCUCUCCACGUCGUCUUUUCCUUGGAGCCGAAGAGCCAAUCAAGGAUCUUCCCGACUCCAAUAAUCGCUCCUCAUGGUUCACACAGAGAAAAGUGUCGUCGUUCGGAAAAGAUCAAUUGAAAGCGUUCGGAAAACGACCAGCUGGAAGUAUGGCAAAUGAUAAGAUUGUGUUGAAAGGCAGAAAUCUUUCGAAUGUUUUGAUUGAAGCACAAGACACGGAAGAGGAAGAAGAGGGACAAGAUGAUGUGGUGAAGGAGAGAGUCAAGGAGUUGGUAGAGUUGAAAAAGGCGAAAUUUAACGAGCAAAUUCGACAGCAAGAGGCAAAUGCUCAGAAAUUGAUCUUCAAUAUGCCCCAAGUUUUUGAUUAUAUGCAUUCGGAGAAAUUCAAAAAGAUGGUGGAGCCACCGGAGGGUUCGACAAAGUUUCGACAGCUUCUGAACUCUCCUGGAUCUUUCGAGAAGAUUCCGGAAUUCAGUGACUCACUUUUACACUCUAAUCCUGAUCUAUACGAUAAUCUAGAACGGAUUUGGGAGAAGAAACAAAAGGAGCGAAAGCAGAAGCCACAAUUUCCCACGGCAUCAAGGCUCACAGAAGAGAAAUUCCUGAAAUUCCGAGAGAGAUGGAGUUACAAACCUGGUAAACCAUGUGGACCAGUUCAAAUUGUGAAUGGAAUUGAAAAGGCGACAAAGGAGAGCACAAUCAACAAAGUGUUGACUGGAACUGUCCGAGAGCUGGACUGCACAUGGAAAUCCAUCAAAUCGAAGAUUCCAGAAGUCAUAGAGUGUCAUCUGUGUUUCCACACGAUGAAAUUGUGUAUGAGGAAGUCAUCGUAUCGGGGAGAAGUCAGAGAAUAUCCGGCUUAUAGAUGCACUCAAAAAGGCUGUCAAACAUUCUGUUCCGUUAGGAAGGUGCUCGGCGAGAGUCUAAACCAACAGCGUGCCGCCAAAGAAUCCAAUCUCGUUGAGCCGAAACAAGAAAUCGAUGAUCAUUCAUCCGAUAAUGCUCUUCAAAUAGCACUGAGAAUACUCGCUGAAUGUGAAAGAGCUUCAUAUGGAGUCGAACAAGAAGAUGAUACGAAUCCAGGAGCACCGAUGGGAAUGAUGAGUUCAGAAGACGUUGUGAUUCCGAUGGAGCCUCAGAUGGCAGGGAGAGAAAAACGGAUUCGUAGGAGCAAAUUUGCGGAUAUGUCGAGAGAUUUUGUGUGCGAGACGUCGGCAGCGGAGAUAGCACGGAAGGAUCAGGAAGAGGGAGAAGAAGAGGAAGAAGAAGGAUAUGGAGAAGAAGAUGAAGAACAAGAUGACUAUCCGAUGGAGGAUCCGCUGGAGAAUGAGCAACGAUAUUAUGAUAAUACGCAAUUCGAGGAAAUUGAUUAUGAUGAUCUAUAA